CCACAAUAUUUAAGUACAACAGAUAACGUAUCAGACAGUUGUUUGGAAAGUGAGCUGUUUCUUACUAAUUCAACUUAAAAAUGCAAAAAUUCGAGAGAAUAUUUGGAACUACCAAGACUAGAGUGAUUGGCAUGAUACAUGCAAAUGCAUUACCAGGUACCCCGAAUUACAAAAACGAUUUCAAUCAAACUAUUGAAAAGGUGAGACAUGAAGCUCAUAUCUACAAGAAGCAUAAUGUUCAUGGAAUACUUUUAGAAAACAUGCACGACAUUCCGUACAUUCAACAAGACAAACAAUUCAAUGCUGAAACAACAGCUUGUAUGACACGUCUAUCAAUGGAAAUAAAAUCAAUUAUACCCGACCGAACACCGUGUGGAAUCCAAGUUUUAGCGUGUGGAAAUCAGCAAGCAUUGGCCAUUGCCAAAGCAACAAAUUUCCAGUUCAUUCGAGUGGAAGGUUUCGUCUUUUCACAUAUUGCUGACGAAGGGUUCACAAAUGCAAACGCCGGUGAAUUGUUACGAUACCGCAAGAACAUUGACGCUGAAGAUGUGCUGGUGUUCACCGAUGUGAAAAAGAAGCACAGCUCGCAUUCGAUAACAGAGGACAUUUCGUUGCCGGAAACAGUCAAAGCAGCUGAAUUCUUUCUUAGUGACGGAGUCAUUUUGACCGGUUCUGCGACUGGUCAUGCUGCGAAUCCCAAAGACUUAGAUGCGGUGUAUGGUCACACCAAGGUACCGAUACUAAUCGGAUCGGGAGUUACCGAAGAAAACGUGGAGAAAUAUGUUCAGAAAGCGAAUGGUUUGAUAAUUGGAUCAUAUUUCAAGAAUGGUGGGGAUUGGAUGAAUGAUUUGUCAGAUAAUCGAGUGGAACAUUUUAUGAAUAAAGUUAACGGAUUGAUUCAUGGAUGAA